UCUUACGUAUUUGGGGUAACUCCCCUGCCGCCACACCCCUCCUCUCUAUCAGCAAGUAAAACCUUCCGUCCGCGUUCGUCUCUGAAUCAGCUGAGUUGGACGAUCUAUCCCCGCUGUGGUUGUCGCCCCAUGGUACUCUGGGGGAUGUUCAGUGUCACACACCACAGGGUUACCGCCUCUGUUACUUGAGCUCCGUGCGCGUGAAGGAUGCACCAUGAUGCCCGGGCUGUCGCUUCUCUGAGUCGGGCUGCUCUGAAGCGAGGGAGCCUCGGCGCAUCUUGUUCGGCUAUUGUCCUGGAUAAGCUGUGCGCUACCUGGCCGUCCACCAAACAGCAGACGCAGUGACCAUGUGCUCGUGGACACAGUGGAGCGUUCAGCUGCUGAAGGGCCAGACAGGAGUGGGUGGAGAUCGAUGUGGACUGCUCAGUCCAGAACUUGUUUUUCUCAGGAAGUGCACGCAUGACCAAACAGUUUGUGUUGGCAGGACAUCGUGAGAGACGGAAAUAUUGUGCUGAACAUACUGGGAUCUGACUGAUGCAUCAUGGAUCCCGAGGAGUUGGAACUGCAGAAUGACUACCGCUAUCGGAGCUACGGAGCGGUCAUCGAGAAGGCGCUGCGCAACUUUGAGUCUUCGAGCGAGUGGGCGGAUCUGAUCUCCUCCUUGGGCAAGCUCAAUAAGGCCCUGCAGAGUAACCUUCGCUACUCCCUCCUGCCCAAGAGGCUGACCAUAGGGAAGCGUCUGGCCCAGUGCCUGCACCCGGCUCUGCCCAGCGGAGUGCAUCUCAAGGCUUUGGAGACCUACGAGGUCAUUUUUAAAAUCAUUGGAACAAAAUGGCUGGCCAAGGAUCUCUUUAUAUACAGCUCAGGGCUGUUCCCACUGUUGGGCCAUGCAGCCAUGGCGGUGAAGCCCAUGCUGCUGACACUGUACGAGCGUUACUACCUCCCGCUGCAGAGGGCUCUGCUGCCCAGUCUUCAGGCCUUCAUAACGGGACUACUGCCAGGUCUGGAAGAGGGACUGGAGGUUUACGACAGGACUGAUGCCUUGCUGCUCAAGCUGUCCCUGCUGGUGGGGCAGCAGGUGUUCUACGGCGCGCUGUGGGGCAGCAUGCUGGUCACCCCCAUGGUGCGACUGCCUGCCUCGGUCUUCAUCGUCACACACUUUGACUCCGAGGCUUCUCUGCGCCAGCAAGCGCACAUGCUCGGCUACGACCACCGACUGGUGAUGAAGUCGGUGUGUCUUUCUCUGCAAGAUUCAAAUGUCCUGGUGCAGAGGAACAUGCUUGAAGUCCUGCUCCACUUUUUCCCCUUUGCUUCGUGCUUGGACCCAGCGGAGGCCAUUGUUGCCAUGAGUGGUAAAGACAUGAUGACAAUAGUAUCUGCCGCCGCUCUUACACUCCUCCGCAGAGACAUGUCCCUCAACAGACGCCUCUACGGCUGGAUCCUAGGGAUCGACAAAAAAGGAGGACUGGUGGCACCACACCCCACCCUCUCCACCACCGCAGAGGAACAUAUGUCCUUUUACUUCAGCACAUACUCAAGAGACUUACUUGUGCAGGCUCUUAUUAACAUCCUAAGACAGCAGGAUGUGGAGAGCAACCCGGAGAAUGUGAUUGGCUACCUCAGGCCCUUUCGCAUCAUCAUCAGUCUGCUGGAUAAACCGGAGAUAGGUCCAGUGGUCCUGAGCAGUGUGUUGUUGGAGGUGGUCCGAGCUUUCUACAGCUACUGUCGAGAGAUGCUGGAGGAGGAAAACAUCAGCAGCUCGUCUCUCUCUGGCAACCAGCUGGCCAGCACAAUAAAAGAGAAUAAAAACGCAGCGGAGAUCAUAAAGACGGUGAAUAUGCUCGUGACCUCCAUGAACAAAGAAUACCUGUGGGAGUACAUGACCCGACGCUUCUGCACUUCUCUCAGUGACAAAAAUGACCCGCCAAGACCUCCUUGGCAGGAGUGCAAUCAACCAGCUCCGUCCGUCACAGAGAUGUCCAAUCUCAUCAUUUUCCUGCUUGAUGUUCUCCCUCUGGAGCUUCACGCUGACAUUCAGUUCCAGUUCCUCCCUGAGAUGCUGGGCACCAUGCUGGGGACCUUGCACAGCCACAUGGACUUUGUUAGCCUGGAAGACGUCACACAGGGUUUGCGAGCAUGCUUCAAGGUCCUGAGCAAGAUCCAGAUGCCUGUAGCUUACAUGGAAAUUGUGGCAGAGGCUCAGACGGAGGACAUCGAGUUACUGUCCCCGGAGGAAGAGAAGGAGGGAGAGAAAGAUGGCGCUGCUGGUGAGUUUAAUAACGACCAUGGAGAUGAAGAGCUGAACAGAGAUGGAGGACGGGUGGCAGAGCGCACAGAUGGUAUAAACCCAACACUCAGGUCUGAAGACAGCGGAUUGGGCGUCAGCGCCUCACCUUCAGAGCAGCAGCUCCCACCGGGGAUGGGAACGGGGGAGGAGCAGAAUGGAAUUUCCAAAGAAGGCGAAGGAGUGUGGAGGAAGGGAGGCAGUGUCGACGCCAUGGCCCAGUGCCUGCAGAACAUCUUGGCCUUCAUAACUACGAGAUACCUGCUGGUGCAGGUGGAGGAAGUCGGAGGACCGGAGGCAAAAACUCACUCUGUGGAGGAGAAGACGUUAUUUCCGGGCUUAAGGGGAGUGGAAACGGAUGACAAACUGACUGAAUUGAUUACGCCACACAGGCUUAAAUCCCGCCCUACAUCUGACGCCCAGCUCCCAGCCAGGAAAAAGGAGCAUUUCAGGUGUCUGGAGUGGGCGGCGGGCUACAUGCCCCGCGCCAAGGCGGAGAUCUCCGAGGCCUGUCGACAGGCUUUCACCGCCACUUGCCACCUGCUGCUGGAGUGUACUACCUUCCCCGUCUACCUAAGUGAAGAGGAAACUCUGCUUCUCCAAACUGACAUGUUUGACCACACAGAUCGUGACGUGGACAGCUUGCCAUUGUGGUUGAGGUCUUUGAUGACACUGUGCUGCCUGUCCAGGGACUACAACAUCCAGCACACCGCAGUGUCCACCUUGUUGGAACUCAUUAACCACUCCCAGUCGUUGGCCCUGGUCAUCCAGGACAAGCACAGGCGCUACCAAGGGUCUGAAUCCAACCCUCUGAGCGGGCAGCUGCAGAUGGUCACUGUGCCGCCCAUCUACCCGGCUCUGCUGCAUGCCAUAGACCAAGGCACAGAUUUCUAUCCGAGGGUGGCCCAGGUACUGUGGAACCAGCUGGACACGGAGCGGAGAGAGCAGCACAUUUCCUGUGUGGAACUCUUUUACAGGCUUCACUGUUUGGCUCCCUCCGCAUCCAUCUGUGAGGACAUCAUCUGCCAGGCGCUGUUGCACAAAGACAAGGCUGCCAGGCUGGAGGCACUACACCGCUUUACAGUUCUGUGGCACCUAACCCGGGAGAUCCAGACCAACAGGACCAUUUCUCUCAACCACUCCUUCGAUCGGUCUCUGUGUGUGGUGGUGGACAGUCUGAGCUGCACAGACGGCUCAAUAAGUGCAGCAGCUCAGUGCUGGCUGGUCAGGGCUCUUUCCCUCAAUGACGUCAUCCGGGUCCUGGAGCCUAUUCUCUUGUUGCUGCUUCACCCCUCCACCCAGCGUUGCUCCAUUCAGAGCAUUAAACAGAAUCUCACUGCUGGUAACCUGAAGGUUCUGAGCAGCAGAAGCCGGAGCUCCACCAAAACCUCCGGGACUUCUGCGGAUUCCAUGUCAACAGAGGUCACCACCUUAAAUCUCAUGAACAUCGUGGACCGGGAAUUCCUGUGGGCCGAGCUGGACAGCGGCCCAGAGAUGGCCAAACCACCGGACGCUUUCGCGGUGUCUAGGAGUGCGAGUGAAGAGACGGAGGAAGAGCGGGAAGAAGACGAAGAAGGGGAGGAGGAGAGUGAACACACGGAGUCAGCUGACACAAGCGGUGCCCAGGUAUCCACUGAGGACUCCAGCUCGGGCUCUGUCCCCUCCCGCAGCAUUGAGGAAGGAGGUGUGGUCAACGGCCUGCGGAGGGCAGAGUCCGAGCACACGCAGGCAUCUGAUUCGCUGUCGAGCGAGGAUGAGGAGGACUUGGAGCUGGAGGCCAUGGCCAGGUCUCGCCUGUUGAAACAGGAGCGUGAGAAGAGAGAGGCCAUCGACUCUCUCUUCCGCCACGUGCUUCUGUAUCCCGUGGCCGGCGGCUGGCAGCAUCUGCUCCAAGGCUUGGCGCUGCUCGACAGCCUGCUGCGGAGCAGCGCUGAAUGCCCUCUGGUGAACGCCCUCGCCUACACUUCUCUGGACACCAGCUCCGCCGCCCAUCUAAACCUGGUCUCCAACCUGCUGCAGCGCCACCAACAGGCUCAGGAUGGUCACGGCUUCUACGGGGGCCUGCUCUCCCCUUCUUCCUCCCCCUCGGAGCCCCCGUCCUUGCUCAUUGAACUGCUGGUGUCCCUGUGCCUGCGAUUCCUGCGCUCUCAUUACCCGUCCUAUCUGAGCCUGGGUCAUCUCGACCUGCAGGGCAACCGGGAGGUUCAGGUGAAGAGCGUGGCGGUGCUGACCCGGAUUGUGAACCAGCUCGGCUGCACGGCACGCGGACUAGAGCGCGACGGGGCCAGCGUGGAGUCCAUCAGCCGACUCCUCUCCGCAUGUAAAGUGCAGCAAUAUGCUCUGCUCGCACUUUCUGCAUCCAUGUAUGUGAGCCAGAGGGUGUCUGACAAGGGGCCCGCCAAGGGCGUGGAGCUGCUGGAGGAGCAGGGAGGCCUGUCCGAGGAGAGUCUGGUGAAUCUCGGAGCAGGAGGUGGACAGGAGCAGUACCCCUUACAAAUGGAACUAUUGAGACUCCUCCAGGCUCUCAUAGUCCUGGAGUCCCAUUUGUGGCCCGGCGGCGCCGUGCCGAGCGGCGCGUCGGGCCAGCCCGCGGAGCCUUGCGAAUCCCCGACUGCCACCAGCCCGCUGGCUCGCGAAUGGCACACCGCGGUUCUCUUCCAGCAGUCGAUCAAGGCCGCCCAGUAUGUCCAGAGCCACCCCAUCACGUCCCAAGGAAUGUUCGUCUCCGCCGCAGCCAGGGCUCUGCAGCCGCAGUACGGCUAUGCCAUGCACCCCCACUGGGUGGCGCUGUUGUGCUCUUCUCUGCCGUACUUGGGUCGCUCGUUGGGCAUCAUCGUGGCGCCACUCAUCAGUCAGAUCUGCAGGAACUUGGACGAGCUGGUGAAGCUUUACGAGCACGACGGAGGAAAGACAAAUCAGAGCCCGAGUGGUAGGAGGGAAAACAUUGCUCCUGACUACCCUCUGACUCUGCUCGAAGGCCUGACCACCAUUGCACACUUUUGUCUGCUGGACAACAAGAAGUCCGUGGUGGCCUGUGAUCCUGUGGAUGUCCGUAAUGCACGCAACGUUGUGAUUGAGGCACUACCGCACAUGCUCAGUAGCAUGGCGUUGUUAUGGGGCGUGGUCAUGAGGGAAGAGUCGCAGAGGCGGGCAUCGGACAGCGGCCAGAGCAGCAGACACACUUCUACCUCCGUCUACUUUAAGAGCACCAAGAUCUUACGGCAGCGGAUACUGGAGUUCCUGGUGCCUCUAACUGGGCCGUAUGGGAUUCAGCUCAUGGCUUCACUGGGAGCAGUGUGGAGCAGCAGGAGGAGUAAAAGGAGACAUAAAAACAAAGUUCUACCGGUGGCCAGUGAACCUCGUCUCACAAUCGUGGCUCUGGUGAAAUCGUUGCACACCUUGCAAACAGAUGCCGUCCUACAAUUGGUCAAAGAGGUGGUGAAAAAGCCACAUCAGAUCAAAGGAGAGCCGAAGUCCACCCUAGUAGAUAUCCCCAUGUUACAGUUCACCUACUGCUACACCCAGAGCAUUCCAGCUCAGACUCUGCAAGACAACGUGACUCCUCUCCUCGGGUUGUUACGGGAGUCUGUUCAACUCAACCUGGCGCCGCCUGGACACUUCCUGUUGCUGGGAAUACUCAAUGACUUUGUCAAUCGGGUCCCUAACCUGGACAAUAAGAAGGACACUAGAGACCUGCAGGAGGUGACUCAGCGCAUCCUGGAGGCGGUGGGUGGGAUCGCAGGGUCGUCUCUGGAGCAGACCAGUUGGCUCAGUCGGAGCCUUGAGGUCAAAGUUCAGCCGCAGGUGUGCCCUGAAGCAGACGAGCUUGACGACGCAGAGUUGGACGGCGAUCAUUACGAGUCUGUGGCUCAAGCCAGCACCAUGGUUUCCUCUUCGGCUCCCUCUGUUUACAGUGUCCAGGCUCUCGUCCUCCUGGCUGAGGUCUUGACGCCACUUCUGGACAUGGUGUACCGCAGUGACGAGAAGGAGAAAGCGGUUCCUCUCAUUUCUCGGCUGACGUACUAUGUUUUCCCUUACCUGAAGAAUCACAGUGCCUACAACAUGCCCAGCUUCGAGGCCGGUUCUCAGCUGCUGAGCAGUCUGAGUGGGUAUGCCUACACCAAAAGGGCGUGGAGGAAAGAGGUCUUUGAGCUCUUUAUGGACCCCCUCUUCUUCACCAUGGAUGUCUCCUGUGCUCCCAGUUGGAAAUCCAUUAUUGACCACCUCCUGACUCAUGAGAAGACCAUGUUUAAAGAUCUGAUAAGCAUGCAGAGUGGCUCCCUGAAGCUGUUCACCAACGUGGACCAGAAGCCCAUGCUGCUGAAGCGCCAGGCGUUCGCCCUGUUCAGUGGAGAGGUCGACCAGUAUCACCUGUACCUGCCCCUCAUUCAAGAGCGUCUCAAUGAAGCUCUGCGUAUGAACCCCAGUCCGAGUGUUUCAGCCCAGAUGUUUCUGAUGUUUCGUGUUCUCCUGUUGCGGAUUUCAUCCCAGCACCUCACAUCUCUUUGGCCAAUCAUGGUCACAGAACUGAUUCGCGUAUUUGCUCGUCUCGAGAAGGCUAUGCAGUUAGACCAGGGCGUCUCGAAGCUGACUAAAGUGGUGCGGGGAGCCCAGGACCGGAAUGGACCAGUGACCUUCUCUCAGGCGGAGCUGGACAUGUACCUGUCGGCCUGCAAGUUUCUGGACACCUCCCUGUCGUUUCCUCCAGAAAAGAUGCCACUCUUUCAGAUGUACCGGUGGGCCUUCGUCCCCGAGGUGGACGUGAACCGCUACAGGGGCCCAGAGACGGCGCUGAUAGAAGGCGAACAGGAAUGCACGCCCCUUGUCGUCCGGGUCCUGGACAGGAUACAGCAGCGCUACGGGACACUGAACGGGCUGAGUGAGGAAUCCUCCACGGAGCCUCUGGAGUUCCCCCUCCUCACCCAGAGCUCCCUGUCCUCCAUCACCCAGCUGUGGCCUUUCCUCCGCACCCUUCGCUGCUCCUUCCAGAGCCCUCCUCCCGACAGCCGUCCCGUAACCCACCUCCCUGUAGCAGACUACCCAGCAGCCAGUGCGGCCACCGUCCUGAAGAAGCUGGAGUGCAUCACGGAAGAAGAGUUCCUGGACUCCAUGGAGAGUUAGGACUCGAGCAUGAAGCUUUUGGAAGUCCUCUUCUCGAGCUCUUUGACUUGGAAUACUUCAAAUAGGAACAGCCGGUGUACCGGGAACUAGGAAAGAAGAGGAAAUGUUUUGGAAUUCAUGUUUUUUUUAAAUGUUUUAACUGAUAUCCACAUACAUAUGUGUACCGGUGAGGUGCUCUCACACUGAAUCUAUAUCGGCAAAGCCAAGGGGCUUUUGUUGUAGUUAUUUUAGAAGGGUUUUGGUUCUCUGAAGAGAUAAACACAUGGUAGAAGUAUUCAUUACGAACGACAGUGGAAUGUUGGUUUCUCUCGCUCUCAUUUGGGUGGCAAACUAUUUAUACACGUUCGAUUGUGUCAGUGUCGACGCUCUUACUUUAUAUGGGUUUAGUUAUAUGUCAUAUCUAGAUGCCAUGCACCUUUAUAAUAACAUACGUUCGUCAAUAUUUUAAAGUUUGACACCAAAUUGCAGAUUCACUGUGAAGAACCUCAUUAAAUAUUGUCGUUGUGAUGUUUUCAUAACCUCCAGUUGACCACAACCUCCUGAUGCAUCACGUCUCACUCUGUCGGACUGGAUGUGGCUGCUGUUGGGUACUUUCUCUUUAAAGUGUUCGUGGAAUCAUCAUCAUGAGACCUCGCUAAGAUUCACGCUAAGAGUUGUAUGAGUAAGCUACUAAAUGUGAUUAGUGUACACCUUAACAAACCCUUUGACGUAUUAUUUGGUGUAUCCUGCUAAAAUACAUGCUUUGCCAUUUCUGGUGUUUUAAGGGAAAUCGGUUUUUACCACUGCCUCUGAGCUUUCUUUUCACAAUGCUGAAGUAAUUUAUGUUGGAUGUUUUAAAGGACCAUGUCAUGUUUCGAAUUAACAAAAAGACUCAUUAAAUUAUAUAUAUAUAUGAAGCUUAAAACUGUGUUUUUACUUUACAGCUUCAGUUGCUUGUUUCUCUGCAUUUGUGUUGGAGAAAGAAAUGUUGAUAACUAUAAACAUGACAGAUUUAAUGGA